GUUGUUGCUCAAGAAAGUCGCGCAGUGCAUUUUUUUCUGGUAAUUUUUUUCACUUCAUUCCCGAUUCGGGGCCCUGUUUAGUGCUCGCCACGUAAAUAACUAAGAACAAAUACCAACAACAACAACUCUAUCAUCUCUUCAACUACAACAACUACAACAGCGCGCCUCCAACACACUAAGAGAAAAACCAUAGGAAUUAAGAAGCACAGUGUGUGCACAUAUGUAAAAAGCGAAAGGAAUAAAACAACAACUUCAUUAGUACAACAGCAAGAGCAAUACGAUAAAUUUGAAGAGAGACAGAAGGGAUUCAGCCGAAAACCCAACAGCAGCAGGCCAGCUGAGAGCGCUGAGCGCCAACAGUCGAGGAAGAGAUCGAAAAAGAUCGCUCUCCAGCCUUAACUCACCUCAUAUCCUUUUUCCCCCAAAACCCAACACUCACAUCCGACCGAGGGUGUUAUUUUUGUUGAUUCGAAAAACACACUCGCAACUCUCAGGAUAUGUACGGCAACAAUAAUCCCGGUAGUAAUAAUAAUAACGGUGGUUAUCCCCCAUAUGGCUACAACAACAAGUCGAGCGGAGGGCGUGGAUUUGGCAUGUCCCAUUCUCUACCAUCCGGAAUGGAUACAGAAUUUUCAUUUCCAAGUUCCUCGUCGCGUCGCGGUUACAAUGAUUUUCCCGGCUGCGGCGGAAGCGGUGGAAAUGGCGGUAGUGCCAACAACCUUGGCGGCGGCAACAUGUGCCAUCUGCCGCCGAUGGCCAGCAACAAUUCGCUGAACAACCUGUGCGGCCUGUCGCUGGGCAGCGGCGGUAGCGAUGAUCUCAUGAACGAUCCGCGGGCGAGCAACACCAACCUGAUUGUCAACUACUUGCCCCAGGAUAUGACCGAUCGCGAGCUGUACGCCCUAUUCAGAGCCAUCGGACCCAUUAACACGUGCAGAAUCAUGAGAGACUAUAAGACUGGCUACAGUUUUGGUUAUGCUUUCGUGGACUUCACAUCGGAAAUGGACUCGCAGCGUGCGAUUAAAGUGCUGAAUGGCAUCACAGUGCGCAACAAGCGGCUCAAGGUAUCCUAUGCUCGCCCUGGCGGGGAAUCGAUUAAGGACACCAAUCUGUAUGUGACCAAUCUGCCGCGCACCAUAACCGACGAUCAGCUGGAUACAAUCUUUGGCAAAUACGGUUCCAUUGUGCAGAAGAAUAUCUUGCGUGACAAGCUCACCGGUCGUCCACGAGGUGUUGCAUUCGUUCGGUACAACAAGCGCGAGGAGGCCCAGGAGGCCAUAUCGGCGUUGAACAACGUAAUACCCGAGGGCGGAUCGCAGCCGCUGUCCGUCCGGUUGGCGGAGGAGCACGGUAAGGCGAAGGCGGCGCACUUUAUGUCGCAGAUGGGCGUGGCUGCGCCAAGUGUCCCACCGCCGCCGCCACCACCGCCACCACAUAUGGCCGCCGGAUUCAACAACUUGGUGCACAGAGACGGAGCUAUGGAAAAAUUACGCUCAUUAUUCGAUGCUAUAUGCGAUGCUAUCUUUGGUCUCGAUAGCGAUAACUUUGCCGAUUUGCUUGAUGGACUGUACCGUAGGAAGUACCAUUAUCCUUACUUAUAAUUGACACCGCAACAGCAGCAGCAACUACUACAACAUCAGCAGCAGGCGUUGGGCUUCACCAGUAACAACAACAACAACAAUAGUAUUGGCAAUGGCAAUGGUAAUGAGAACAACAUGCUACUCUAUCACCAGAACUACCAUCAACAACAACAACAACAACGCCUGGGCAAUGUUGCUGCUCACAAUAUGAGUCCGAAUGGAAGCAAUAAUAACAUAAACAACACAAACACCAAUAGCAUUAACUUUAACACCAUACGCCAGAACGGAGUUGCUGCACUACACUAUCUUCAGGAGCAAUUGCAACUUCAACAACCGCAGGAUCAACAAUCGCAGCAACAACUGCCGUUGACAAUGCCCUCGCCGCCGCCGUUUCAACAACAAUCACGACAACCACACCAUAAUGGCAGCAGUGGCAGUUUGGGCAGUCAACUGCUUGCGAUUGGUAAUUCCGGCUUUAACAACAUUUCAAAUCUCUCCAAUUGUUUAAGUGGCAGUUACAACAACGCUGGCGCUUUUGCAAGUAAUGGCGCCAGCAGCAGUUUUCCCAGCAACCCCACAAGAAGUGGGAACCACAACAACAAUCCCGCAAGCAGUGCAAAUUUUAGCAAUAACUCCACAAACAAUGGUCACUUUUCCAACACUGCGACAAGCAGCAGCAACUUCACCAACAAUAUUUCUGGCAGCAGCAAUUACACCAACAGCAACGGAAACUAUAGUAAUGCACCUGGCAGCGGCAACUUCCCCAAAAAUGCAGCUGGCAGCGGUAAUUUCAACAAGAACUGCAACAACAUGGUUGGAAAUAGCAACAGCAAUUCCAACAGCUCCAACCAUCUCUCCAACGCCAAUAACCAGAAAUCGCCGCAACACGACUUCAGUUUCAACAUGCCCACAACUGAGCAAGAACUGCAUGAGCAAACACUGAAGCUGCAGCAGCUGCAUCUGAACACCGGCUUCAACAACACUACAGCGGCAUCAACAACAACAUCAUCAUCAUCAGCAGCGGCGUCGACUUGCACUUUAUCAACGGCAACGGCAACGGCAUCAUCCCCAAACCCCGCAAAUGUUGGAUUCUUAUGGCGUACAUAACCAGAGAGUUGAAAAGCGUAUGAUGAGGGCAAUCUUCAAAUAAGAAAUUAAAUAUAACAACAAUUUAUAUAUACAUAUAUGAAAAACUAUGAAUACCUAAUAUUGAUCAUCGUAGUAUCAGCAUCCAUCGAAACCAUAUACAAAAAUCCAAAUUUGUAUGUUCUCAAACCCCAAGAAUUAAUUACCUACUUCUUUUUUUUUUCGUACGUUCCUCACUCUAACCCUUAUGUUGUAGUUGGUUUUUUUGUGCUUUUUUUUUGAGAGAGAAAUCUUUUUUUUCUUUUUGUAGCUAGCAAUAAGGCAACACACGUAUAUGUAUACAAAUCAAUAUUAAUUAAUCAUAUAUAUAUAACUCGACGAGGAAGCCGAUCUUUUUUUUGCUUAAACUUAGAAGAGAAAAAAAACUAAGAGAAACACAUUUUUUUGUCACAUAUUUAUAACGUGUAAUCAUAAUUAAAUAUAUACAACAAAAUAUAAACUAUACAAGAACACACACAUAAUAAUAUAUCUAAAACUAUAUAGCAUUGUAGGCGUGAAGACAUAAGCUCUGAUUGUUUUUUUUUUCUCUGUGUCUGAAACUGAUUUUUUUGGCGCAAACUAUGCCGCAGAAACGUACACGGGCAUCGUGUAUGUUUAUAGCUGAAGUUAAUCCAGAUAUAUGAAUAUAUAUUUUUUUUCAUAAUUUAUAUACCCAAUUUUUUUGUCUAUUUUAUACGUAACGAAAUGGCUAAACUUGGCUGGACAUGCUCAAGUUUUCAGGCUGUUUAUUCAUAUAUUUAACGAAACGAAAACGAAACACUUAGCUAGAAAUAUGCUUGAGUAGGAGAAGGAGAAAGAGACCCAGACAAAAUUAUAAAACAAACCCUUUUUUUUCAUAGCUAUAAUGAAACGUACGUUUUUUUUUAAUAACUAUAAACACUUUUUUUGAAAUCAUUUUUUUUAUUAGUUUAUUUAACAAAAGAACUUGAGCAUGUAUCGGCAAGAAAAACGAAACAAAACAACAUACAAAAAAAAAGAGUAAGAAAGAAACGUGAUAAACAGCCCGACAAAACGUAAAUCAGAGGAAAGAGUAAAAGGUAGAUAAAAUAGAACAAGGGAAUAAAAAAGGCACGCAAAAUCCGUGGAGUGACUUGGCAUUAUUUUCUAGAAUUGAUUUCAUUUGAAAAAUUCCACAUAGUUCUUUUAACUUUGUGUUUUUAUUUUACGUUUUUGUUUAUUUUUAUUUACCACGAUUUUCGAUUUUCGAAUCCGGUCAGUCACUCCAACUUCAAACAACAAAUAUUUUUCGGUGUAGGUGCAUAAAGUAAUGGAAGAGAAGCCCAAUAUUAAAACUCCAAAAUAUGCGAUGAUUUUUUUGCUUAAUUCUAUCAAUACUUUUAAUAUUUACUUGUAAUCAAAAAAAAUUGUGUAAACUUUUAAUUUGUCAAAAAUCAAAAAAAAAAGGAAAUUAAAUUUUAUUUUAUUACUUUACUACCAUGUCUCUGGCUUAAAACAAAAGUUACAAAAAAAAUAAGAAAACCAUUAUUUAAGUGAACUAAAUAAAAACCUUCAACACAAGCAACGUUA